AUGGCGUCUUCUAGGGUUCCAGCAAGGGAAGUGAAACUGAAAAACCCAACAACAAUGCCAAAUUGGCUUGAACUUCCUAGAGACCUUACAUUAAACAUUCUACGGAGGCUUCCUAUGUUUGACAUAAUCACAAAUGCAUCUCUAGUGUGCCCUUUAUGGUGGAAUUUCUGCAAGGAACCUUGCAUCUGGCGCACCAUUCAUAUGCCCGAUUUCUUCCAUAGUGGCUACAGCAUUGCGGAUUGGGUGAAGAUGUUCCAAUAUGCUGUUGAUCGAAGCUGUGGUCAGUUAAAAGACGUUUACAUAUGUAUGUUUGGAAACGAUGAGCUCCUCGAAUACAUAACUGAUAGGGCAAGUAAUCUACAGCGCGUCGGGAUUGAAUCUUGUGAUGAACUUUCGGAUAAAGGAAUUAUUGAAGCCGUGAAGAAACUUCCACUCAUCGAAGAACUCAUCGUUACAAAAAACAACAAUCUAUCUAAACAUUUCUUUGAAGUUGUUGGUAGUUGUUGUCCUCUUUUGAAAACACUGACAUACGGUAGAAAUUUGUAUCAGAAUGAGAAUAUGUCCAUUGAUCAGACUGAGGAGGCGUUUGCUAUCGCGAAAACAAUGCCUGGAUUACGCAGUCUUACGAUUUCAGGACUGGGGCUUACAUCAGUUGGGGUUGUUGCUAUUCUUGAUGGAUGUCCUCUUCUUGAAUCUCUUGACCUGCAACAUUGUUUUUUUAUGCAUUCAGAAGGAAGUUUGAGUCAAAGUUUGAGGGAAAGGUACUGUGAGCAGAUCAAAAAAUUUAUUCCACCCAUCGACUAUUGCUGUUUCGACUAUUGGUGUUAUGUUUAUGAUUCUGAUGACUAUCAUUUUGAUUUUUGUUAUGACAGUAAUUUUUAUUUUGAUUGA